UAUUCCAAGCUCGACCGGCUUUUGUUGCACUUGGCUGUUGAGAAGCGGCGGAACUCCGGCGGUGUCUCACGUAGCGUAUUUAAUCGGCAAUAAAUUGGUGAAAAAUGUUUUGAAAAACAAUGUGAACAGUUCCCCGGUGCAAAAUUAAUUAGAAGGGGAAAGUGUUCUUAACUGUUUCAAACUCGUAGGAUCCAUUACCGCAUUCCCAGCGAACUAGUGUUGCAGACUCGAAAAGUUCGGAGAGAAAAAAGAGAGGACAGAAAUGAAUGCAGCGGAAGAUAGUAAAAUUGUCACCGGAAUGGCAGAUGCAGACACUGGAAUGGAAUCGCAAGGAGCAGAGGGAACAGGAAUAGAAACUACAAAGGGACCAGGAGCACUCGCAGGCGCUGGAUCUGUAUCUGGAUCUGCCCCACCAUCCAGACAACAAACAUUGACACGGACCGCAGAACUGGAUGCGGAUGGCGAUGACAUUGAAGUGGAUGCCGAGGCGGAUGAUGCCACGGACAGCAUCACACUGGAGCUGGCUCUCUCGCCCCACAGCAGCACACCCACACCGCCGCCCACCAUGUCCGAGGAGGAUUUCGCCCAACUGGACAACAGCAAACCCUUCAAGGUGGGUACCGUACAGCCAUAGCCUUUGUGCGCGCUACGCCCUUCAUGAGCUUUAUGCUCACUGGGCCAGAAUUCCGUUCAGUGAUUAUGGCAGUGCCCCGCGCUGUUGCUGGUGUAAAAGUUGUGAAGAGUCAGUCCAACACCAGCAUCAGCAGCAUGGCCCGAAAAAAGCUGUCCGGGCCACUUCAGAGCCAUCCACGUGGAGGGGCAUCGACAUUGGUGCUUCUAUGGCCGCCGCCGCUGA